GCCCGGAAGAAAGAGAAAUCCAGCCAGAUCGAUCAAUGGAUCCUGGGGACGCCUUCUCGGCGAACAUCUUCAAGUGGGAUCCGCCGGCGCCUCCGCCGUGCCGUUCGAUGGAACCCACACCGGCGGCGGCGGCCGCGGCGGAGGAAGGGGAGGAACCGCAGCCAAGGCAGGAAAGGCGCGGAGGAGAAGAGGGUCAGCCGCGGGAGCUGGGGGAGGUGUUCUCCGGGUACGGGGUGCGGUACGCGACGGUGGCGCGGCUGGGGGAGCUGGGGUUCACGGCGAGCACGCUGGUUGGGAUGACGGAGGGGGAGGUGGAGGAGGUGCUCUCCGCCCUCGCCCACCUCUUCCGUUGGGACCUCCUCCUCGGCGAGCGGUACGGCAUCAAGGCCGCCCUCCGCGCCGAGCGUCGCCGCCUCCUCGACCACCACCAGGCCAUGCUCUUCCUUCGCCACGAGCACCAUCAUCAACCCGCCGCCGGCGUUGAUGAAGAUGCUCGCCGGAGGAUGCUUCUUCUCAACUCCCCCGGCCACCUCCACCACAACCUCGGCGGCCUCAACCACGCCCUCGACGCCCUCUCCCAAGAAGGACUGUCGGAGGAGCCGGUGCAGCAGGAGAGGGAGGCGGCGGCGAGCGGCGGGGAGGCGAACAACGACGACGGCAGGGCCAAGCAGCGGCGGAGCACCAAGAAAUCCAAAGCCAAGAAGAAGAGCAGGAAGAAGAACAAGAAGAAGAAGAGAUCAUCACCGGAGGCGGAGGCGGAGGAGGAGGAGGAGGAGGAGGAGGAGGAUGGGUGGGGAACUGGGGGGUCGGAGGAGGGGUCGGAGAGGAGCGUGGUGGAGCGGCAGAGGGAGCACCCCUUCAUCGUGACGGAGCCCGGCGAGGUGGCGCGGGCGAAGAAGAACGGCCUGGACUACCUCUUCCACCUCUACGAGCAGUGCCGCCACUUCCUCCUCCAGGUCCAGUCCCUCGCCAAAGAGCGUGGCGACAAGUGUCCCACCAAGGUUACGAAUCAAGUGUUUCGAUAUGCCAAGAAGGUUGGGGCAAGCUACAUCAACAAGCCAAAGAUGAGGCACUACGUUCACUGCUAUGCUCUUCACUGCCUUGAUGAAGAGGCAUCAAAUGCACUGAGGAGGGCCUACAAGGAGAGAGGGGAGAAUGUUGGUGCUUGGCGGCAAGCAUGCUACAAGCCCCUGGUGGCCAUCUCUGCAAGGCAUGGCUGGGACAUCGACGCUGUCUUCAAUGCACACCCCCGCCUCUCCAUCUGGUAUGUCCCCACAAAGCUCCGACAGCUCUGCCACCUCGCUCGCAGCAAUGCCGCCGCCGCCUCCACCUCGGUCUUGGGAGCCACCUCAUCCGAUGGGCUCCCCCCGCCACCACCAAUGUUUUAGUUGUCAGUCAGGGUCUGUCUGAGGUUAAUUUGCAGGCUGUAACAUGUAACUCCUCUUUGCUGUAUCAUCCAGUUUGGCAAUGCAGCUGCAGCUAUGAC